AAAUUAAGAAAAGCAAUCCUCACUUGUCAAUUUGCAGAUAGAUACUUGACUCUCUCUUUCCUUAAUCUUCAAAGUUCACACCCUACACCUAUUUCCUCGUCUUAAAUGUAAAACAGAAAUAAACAAACAGAGAAAGAAGGAAAUUAGCAACACAAAGGCAAGCGUUCUCCCUGUCGCGGAAAUUACAACUUAGAAUGUUGUAAAAAUGGGGCACCUUGUGAUGUAUGGUGGUUGAGUUUGUUGGAGGGGAAGUGCCAAAAAUGGGUGUACCAAACGCAGAGGCAGAUCAGGAAAGCAGGAAGCGGAAGCAAGGGGAUGGGGCAUGAUGCUGAUGGUGCAUUAUGGGAAAAGGUGAGGAAGAGCAGAGGUUGAGUACAAGUGUGAACAGUGAGGUACCGGUGGAGAAUGCCGGUGGUCCAAUUUCAAGCUUAAGCUUACUAUUUGCUGCCUCUGCCUCUGCCUCUGCCUCUGCCUGUGGCUGCGGAUGCAAAUCUCUCUUUGGCCUUCGAUGCUUCCUCGUGUUGCUCUUAUCUCUUGCUCUCUUCCUCUCUGCUUUAUUUUGGCUGCCCCCUUUUCUUAAUUUUUCAGAUCAAUCUGAUCUGGAUCUUGAUUCCAGGUUCAAAGAUCAUGAUAUAGUAGCAAGUUUUAAUGUUGAGAAGCCGGUUUCUUUGCUGGGAGACAAUAUCUUGCAGCUUGAAAAUGACAUAUUUGAUGAGAUAGGCUUUCCCACAAGCAAAGUGGUUAUCUCAUCUCUUGAGCCUCUAGCCAGAUCAAACAUAACAAAGGUUGUCUUCGCAGUUGAUCCUGAUGUAAGAUAUUCAAAAAUAUCUUCAACUUCUCAAAGUUUGAUAAGGGCAUCUUUUGAAUCUUUGGUUAUACACCAAUCAUCUCUACGCUUGACUGAAUCCUUGUUUGGGGUUCCACGAUACUUUGAGGUGCUAAAAUUCCCUGGAGGAAUUACUGUAAUUCCCCCACAAAGUGCGUUUCUUCUGCAGAAAGUGCAAAUCCUUUUCAACUUUACCUUGAACUUUUCUAUUGAUGAAAUACAAGGAAAUUUUGAGAAAAUGACAAGCCAGCUGAAGGCUGGAUUGCGUCUAGCCACAUAUGAGAACUUGUAUAUUAGCUUAUCAAAUUCUGAAGGCUCCACAGUUGCUCCCCCCACUACUGUUCAAUCAUCUGUUCUACUGGCCGUGGGGAAUACUCCUUCAAUGCCAAGAUUGAAGCAACUAGCUCAAACCAUCACGGGUUCUCAUUCAAGAAACCUUGGCCUGAACAACAACAUAUUUGGUAGAGUUAAGCAAGUUCGUCUUUCAUCCAUUUUGCAACAUUCCCUUCAUGGAGGUGAUGGUAGUUCAAACUCAUGGUCCCCUUCUCCUGCCCCUCUGCCUCAUCCUCACCACAGUCAUCACCACCACCACCAUCACCACCACCACCAUCACCAUCACCAUAGUGAUGUUCUAGCCCCUGCAGUUUCACCUGCUACAUCAACUGAGAAAGGUGCAGCUGCACCUGAAGAUUAUUCACCUGCUCCAGAGAGAAUUUCACCUGCAUCCCCAUGGAGUUACAAGGCAAAUCCUCCAGGUUGCCAACAUAGAAAUAAAAGGAUCAAGGGGAAGACUGGACAGGAGUCUAAUAUAGCCCCAGUUGUCGCACCUAAAAUUUCUCCUAACCAUUAUGCUGCUCCACCACUUGUACACCCAUCAGCAUUGGCCCCCAAACCUAAACCGAGGCCAAUCUCCCAUUUGGUUCCCACAUCUAGUCCACUGCCAAAUGUAGCAUUUGCUCAUGUUGAGGCUCCAUCAAAGAGUAAAUCAAAUAAAGAGAAUCCUGACAGGACACCUUCAGUUUCACCAUCACCAAUGGCAUCUAUAUCCUCUACAGGUAUUCCAACUAUGCAAUGGCCGCUUCCACUCCUAUUAGCUAUAAUGAUACAUUUAUAACAACAGAGCAACAACCUGUUUUCUAGUUACAAUCACUUCACUAGUAAUCAAGGGAGUCAAAUUGUAUAAUCCAAAUUUAAAGGAGAUGUACCAACUAGAAUUCGGUGGGUGAGAGCAAUGCAAAGGGUGUGCCCUCAUGUCCGGUUAGAUAUAUGUUGUUUUCAUGCUGUAAAUAUUUAAUUAAAAUAUCUAGUGGCAGCAUUUUCAGGUCAAAGUCACAUUGGUGGCAGGCCCUAGAUUAUGUGAAUUGCCACUGCUUUGUGUAUUCUCUUUUGCAGAAAUCAAAGGGGGAAAGAACAAAUCUAUGUGCA